ACUCAUCAGUUUUCAUUACCGGUCAAAACUCAAAAGUCAAAAUUUUCUAAAAGACGAAAAAGCCCUUUAAUUUGAUUUCCCAAUACUUUUUACUCCUACCUUCUCAAUUCGUCCGAUUUCUUCACAAAUUCACGAGAGAGAUAAUGGAAGUAGGAUCUGCAACGAAGAAGCUUCAGUGCCAACGUAUUGGCUGCAACGCCAUGUUCACCGAUGACGACAAUCCUCAAGGUUCUUGUCAAUUUCAUGCUUCCGUACGUCUUCUUCUCUCCCCAUCUUUAAUCGAUUCUUCUCUUUCUUUUCUAAGUCUUCGAUAGUUUCUGAUAAACCCAUAGAGUAGCUUUUGAAUUUGAUUUUAUGAUGUGAGGUUACGAAUUUCGAUUUUUGAUCAUGAGAAGAUGAUUACGCAAGUGUUUAAUUAGGUUUUGGAUUAGCUGAUUGAUUACAUGUAGAUUUCAUUUAGUUGUAAGUAAGUAAGCUUUGAACACAGCUUUGAUUGUCUAAUUGUCAAAUUUUAACUAAGUUGUUUGCUUGCAACCUAUGAAUUCUGUGAGACUGUGAGCUUAUUAGAACACUUGAUGGAAGAAAGCAAAAGUAUAUUGCGUAAAAUUGAAUAAUCCAAGUAUUAGAUCUUUUGCCACCGUUUAUGGCUAUGUGAGGGAGAGUGUACGUACAUGCAGCGACUUUUGAAUUGUUUGCUUCCAACUUUUGCCACCGGUUAUGGCUAUGUGAGGGAGAGAGCUCGUUAAGACUGUCCCUGGAAGUGUAAUUAGAACAAUUGUGUAUAGAAAGAAGGCUUUAUCUCAAUAUUCAUCUUAACAUUUGGCCUUGUAUACUAGUGUUUCUUUCAUAUUCAUCUAUUGCUUUGAGCUUUUUAUUGUAAUUCAUCUUCUUUUAUUAUCUUUUCUUUUUCCGGUGUGGCUGGGGCUGGUCUUUGCACUGACUACUGGUUUUUGUUCAAGCAGGGACCAUUUUUUCACGACGGAAUGAAAGAGUGGAGCUGCUGCAAGCAAAGAAGUCAUGAUUUCAGUUUGUUCUUGGAAAUUCCAGGAUGUAAAACAGGUAAACACACAACUGAGAAACCAGUUCUGGCCAAAUCGGUUCCAAAACAUCCUGUUGCGGCUCCUACUUCAUCUCCAGAUGCCAAUGCAGCAACAAAAGACUCUUGCUCCAGAUGCCGGCAAGGCUUCUUCUGCUCAGACCAUGGAUCCCAACCCAAAGAACAGAUCAAGCAGACCCUGAACACACCGGGACAAGCAGAAGAAGAAAAAAUUGAACCCUUAGCGCCUCCAGUACAAAAGGCUGUGAUAGACAUUAAUCAACCGCAAGUCUGCAAAAACAAAGGAUGUGGCCAAACAUUCAAAGAGAGAGACAAUCAUGAGACUGCAUGUAGCCAUCAUCCAGGUCCUGCGGUCUUCCACGACAGACUGAGAGGGUGGAAAUGUUGCGAUGUUCACGUGAAGGAGUUCGACGAGUUCAUGGAAAUACCUCCUUGCACUAAAGGAUGGCAUAGCAGCAGCCCUGAUCCGGCGGUCUGAUAUAUUUUUUUUCCUGAGAUUUUCGAUUCAAAGAUUAAUCAUCUUUUCUAAUUGUGUUUUCAUGUUCUUCUUAUCAUAUGGAAUUCUAUUUUAGAUUUGUUAUAGAACCUUUCAGUUGACAGAUAUAUGUAAUGGUUAAAUGCUCAUCUUCUGUGUUUUGGAUCAUGAUUAUGGCUUUGAUUGUUGUUUUCAAAACUUUGAAGAUCUUUAAAUAAUUUCACCAAUAUUA